AGCGGGAGAGAGAUCCCGAGACGCCGAGCUCGAGCCCAGAGGGACCCGCCGCCCGCAUGGCUCCCGACCGCCGCCACGCCGGGACGCGCCUGCUGCUCUUCUGUGCGGGCCUGCUGGUCGCCGCCGCCGGCCUCCGCGCCCCGGAGCCCGGCGAGCCCGUGGACGACGGCAACCGCCCGGAGCCGGGCCUCGGAAACGAGCUGCCCGCGGGCCCCGGGGAGAGCCGCACAGGACCGCCCGCCCGCACGCUGGAGCCCACCGCUGAGGGGGCACGUAGCUUCGACCCCAGGGACGCCUGGAUGCUCUUUAUCAGGCAGAGUGACAAAGGCGUCAACGGCAAGAGGGGAAGCAGAGGCAAGGCCAGGAAGCUGAAGCUUGGCCUGCCGGGACCCCCAGGUCCCCCCGGUCCCCAGGGCCCCCCUGGCCCCGUCAUCCCACUUGAGGUGCUGCUGAAGGAGUUCCAGCUGCUGCUGAGAGGUGCGGUGCGGCAGCGUGAGCGCAUGGAGCCCGAGCCCUGCACGCAUGGCCCCCCCGAGGGCACAGCCACCAUCCGGGAGGACGAGGAGGCGGCGGGAGACGCGAGCGUGCUGGCGCUGGUGGCCGCACCCCUGGCCUCGGGCCCGCGGGCGCCGCGAGUCGAGGCCGCCUUCCACGGCCGCCUGCGCCGGGACGCAUCGGUGGAGCGGCGCGCACUGCACGAACUUGGCGGGUACUACUUGCCCGACGCCCAGGGCGCCUUCCGCCGCGGCCCCGGCCUGAACCUGACCAGCGGCCAGUACACAGCGCCCGUUGCCGGCUUCUACGCGCUCGCAGCCACUCUGCACGCUGCGAUCCCGGAGCAGCCCAGGCGGGGGCCGCCACGCCCCCGGGACCGCCUGCGCCUCCUCAUCUGCAUCCAGUCCCGGUGCCAACACAACGCCUCCCUGGAGGCCGUCAUGGGCCUGGAGAGCAGCAGUGAGCUCUUCACCAUCUCAGUCAAUGGUGUUCUGUACCUGCAGACGGGGCAGUACACCUCGGUCUUCCUGGACAACGCCAGCGGCUCCUCCCUCACCGUGCGCAGCGGCUCCCACUUCAGCGCUGUCCUCCUUGGCGUGUGAGCGGACACACCAGGCCCUUCCUCUUGCCCAGUGAGCGGAAGCGGGGUCCAGUCUCUGGGCAGUGUUUGGUGGCAAGGCCACAGGCAGGACGAGGCUCCCUGGAGCCGCCUGCACUGCCCCUGUAGGUCAGCCCAGAAGUGGCCAACUGCCGGCAGCCUAGGGAGGGGACAUGCAGACGGAGAGCCACAGAACCAGGAGCGAUCUCAGGAUGCGGUCUUUCAAAAGGAGAAGAACCCUGUUGGGCUGUUGCUUAGCCAAUGUUUCUAGUGGGGCUCAGUGCCCAGGAGGACUUGCUCUGUUCCUCGCUACAGACUGGUUCCCCUUCUGGCCUACAAGGCAGCUUGCCCAGACAGCCUCAGCCUCUUCACCUUGGCCCGGCCCCCACCUUUUCCAUCUUUCCAGUGUUCUUGUGGACUGCCGGAUGCCAGCAGGGAGGGGAAAGGCUGGUCACCUGCCUGGGUGCCCUGCACGGGGUCCGAAGGCCUCCCAGGGACAGCGUGCCGGCCAGCGCAGCAGCCUCCGCAUCGCUCCCCUCGUCUCUACCUGGGGCUUCCUGGUCCCCACCUGCCCCUCCCCAAUGGUACCUUUGGCCUGGACUUCCUGCAGUGACCACAGGACUCAAGAGUCUCACAGCCCCUUGGCACAGAAGCCCCGGAAGCCACAGCGACACUGGAAAGAGGCUAAUGGGGGACAGUAAGAGUGUGCCAUGCUUAAGUUCACCUUGCAGAUGGCCUUUGCAGAGUGCCCUGCACCGCUCCUCCUAGACAGGUGCCUCUUCCCAGCCCCUAUGAGGUUGACUCACUGCUGGGAUCCACCCACCAAAUGAAAGACCUAGAACAUCUCUGCAGAUUAGAGACGAGCAGGCCCUGCCCAUUCAUCUGAACAAAGCAGAGGCCUCCCAUGAGCCAACGGCUCCUGCUGCCCACCUGUGGCCCCGUGAGCUCUAGCCGGCUUUGAGGUUCUUCCAAGCAUCUUCCCCACCUGGGGACACAUGCGGCCCUGAGCUCAGGUGGAGAACAAAGAGACCGAGAGAGGAUGCCCAGAAAGCUGGCCUUGGUUCCCUAAGACCUGGGUCCCAAGUCCACCGUGAUGCUGAAGCAGUGAUAGGACCUGUGGAGGGACAUGGGCAUCUGCGUGCAGGUUUCUUCCAAGGUGUAGGGGUCCCCACUCAACCCCCAUGUGGCUGCAGGGAUCUGGUACCACAGGGUGUGGUCAGGCCUGAAGAGAAGACGGCAGUGGCUGGAGUCACCUGGACUAUCCAGAUGGCCUCAGAAGCAGGUGACCACGCCCAGGUCUGAUGGACCCCCAGGGCCCUCAGUUUCCAUCUCCAAUAAGAACCCACUCCCUGCUCCCUCCUGGCUGUGGGGGAGCCCAGUCACCCCACACGCAGAGCAGCCCCACAUGGUACCCUUGGCAGGCCCGGCAGGAUUCUCAGUAGGGACGGUACCCGCCCUACCGGGAAGUGCUGGCCCAAGUCCUGCCUCCCCUCGCAGUCUGAUAAGAGCUGGGGGCCGCACCCUUCCCUGGAUUUCCUUCUGCACCCAGCAGGCACAGAUCCUUCAGACAUUUUUUCCUU